GACAGAGUCACUGGUUCACAUGGUCUCUCAGCGACAUAGUCGCCGGUUCGCAUCGUCUCGGUGGCAGUCGCCGGUUCGCAUGGUCUCAGUAGCAGUCGAAGGUUCGCAUGGUCUCGGUGGCGCAGGUUCGCAUGGUCUCAGUGGCAGUCACCGGUUUACGUGGUCUCAGCAGCAGAGUUACUGGUUUGCAUGGUCUCAGAGGCAGAGUUACUGGUUUGCAUGGUAUCAGCGACAAAGGUAUUGGUUCGCAUGGUCUCAGCGGCAGAGUUACUGGUUCACAUGGUCUCAGCGGCAGAGUUACUGGUUCACAUGGUCUCAGCGACAGAGUCACCGGUUCACAUGGUCUCUCAGCGACAUAGUCGCCGGUUCGCAUGGUCUCGGUGGCAGUCGCCGGUUCGCAUGGUCUCAGUGGCAGUCACCGGUUUAUGUGGUCUCAGCGGCAGAGUUACUGGUUUGCAUGGUCUCAGAGGCAGAGUUACUGGUUUGCAUGGUCUCAGCGACAAAGGUACUGGUUCACAUGGUCUCAGCGGCAGAGUUACUGGUUCACAUGGUCUCAGCGACAGAGUCACCGGUUCACAUGGUCUCUCAGCGACAUAGUCACCGGUUCGCAUGGUCUCGGUGGCAGUCGCCGGUUCGCAUGGUCUCAGUGGCAGUCGCAGGUUCGCAUGGUCUCAGUGGCAGUCACCGGUUUACGUGGUCUCAGCGGCAGAGUUACUGGUUUGCAUGGUCUCAGAGGCAGAGUUACUGGUUUGCAUGGUCUCAGCAACAAAGGUACUGGUUCACAUGGUCUCAGCGACAAAGGUACUGGUUCACAUGGUCUCAACGGCAGAGUUACUGGUUCACAUGGUCUCAGCGGCAGAGUUACUGGUUCACAUGGUCUUUCAGCGACAUAGUCGCUGGUUUGCAUGGUCUUGGUGGCAGUCGCCGGUUCGCAUGGUCGCAGUAGCAGUCGCAGGUUCGCAUGGUCUCAGUGACAAAGCUACUGGUUCACAUGGUCUAAGCGGCAGUUGCAGGUUCGCAUGGUCUCAGUUGCAGAGGUACUGGUUCGCAUGGUCUCCGAGGCAGAGUUACUGGUUUGCAUGGUCUCAGCGACAAAGGUACUGGUUCACAUGGUCUCAGCGGCAGAGUUACCGGUUUGCAUGGUCUCAUCGGCAGAGUCACCGGUUCACAUGGUCUCUCAGCGACAUAGUCGCCGGUUCGCAUGGUCUUGGUGGCAGUCGCCGGUUCGCAUGGUCUCAGUAGCAGUCGCAGGUUCGCAUGGUCUCAGUGGCAGUCACCGGUUUACGUGGUCUCAGCGGCAGAGUUACUGGUUUGCAUGGUCUCAGAGGCAGAGUUACUGGUUUGCAUGGUAUCAGCGACAAAGGUAUUGGUUCACAUGGUCUCAGCGACAGAGUCACCGGUUCACAUGGUCUCUCAGCGACAUAGUCGCCGGUUCGCAUGGUCUUGGUGGCAGUCGCCGGUUCGCAUGGUCUCAGUAGCAGUCGCAGGUUUGCAUGGUCUCAGUGACAAAGUUACUGGUUCACAUGGUCUCAGCGGCAGUUGCAGGUUCGCAUGGUCUCAGUGGCAGUCACCGGUUUACGUGGUCUCUCAGCGACAUAGUCGCCGGUUCGCAUGGUCUCAGUGGCAGUCGCCGGUUCGCAUGGUCUCAGUUGCAGCUCUGUGCUGAAUUGAUGCGCCGUGCUCCAUCGUCCGUCAAAAAUAGAAGCUCUGCGCAAGUUUUGCCAGGGCUGAUUGAUGACGGUGCGACGACGGACUCACUACGCAGCGGAUCUGUAUUCGGUGGAACCUCACACAGUGAUUAUAGUGAAUGCGCAAUGGCUUCGCCGACGGAUCUGCAGCCAUUAUGCAUGCAGUGGAAUUUAGGGGUAACAGGAUGUAGUCUGGUACUCCCCAUCAGGUUAUCAUUUUGUUGGUGAGUGACUUGGACACCCUCUCUUCUGUAAAGCUCAACCUCUGGAACUCUAUGGGAAAGAGCCCAUGAAAUCCCAGUGUCUUUCUGAAGCUGCAAUUUCCCUGCUUUUCUUAAUUUCUAUUAUUAGCAGAGCUGAGCCCAAUCAACACCUAUAUACCAAAGCACUGUUUUCUAGGUCUUGUGUUUUUCGAAGAUAUCCUGAUAUUGAAUUCUCAUUAAACAUUCCAGGAAGGAGUUCUCAGAGAUAUCCUGGUAUGAAGACUUGCUAGAUGAUUUCAUCUGACGGAGUUCCAAGAUGGCACAGCGGAUGGCAGCUUCAAAACAUGGAUCACCUCGUUCCACGACGCUGGACUGCACUAUGAGAGGGCACGAAUAUCAAGCCUUUGUGGGAUCACUAUGAACGCCCUAAGGCGAAAAGCUGGCUCCCUGUUCAUUUUUGUAUUGAUCUUAAGAUUUUGUUGUUUGUUUUUAAAGCUUUGAAUGGACUGACCCCAUAGUACAUCAAGGACCUCAUCCAAAUCUAUACUCCAGUGCUCAAAUUGAGGUCCGAGGGCCAGCUCCAGCCCGUGGUGCCUAGAGCGAGACUUAAAACAAGGGGGGACAGGGCUUUCUCUGUGGUGGGCCCCAGACUUUGGAAUGCCCUGCCCCUCCAUGUCUCAACAGCCCCCACGGUGGAGUGCUUUAAUUCUCGUUUUAAGACCCAUUUUUAUUCCCUGGCUUUUUAACUUUGCGUGAGUUUUGUGGUCCUCUGUGUCUUUUAUUUCUUUUACUACUUCAAACUACGUCUGUUUGAUUUUAUUGUUUUAUUUAUAGCAUCAUUUUAGAGUAAUACAGUUAUUUUUUAUUGCUGAUUGUUAUAUGAAAAUGUUUGUUUGAUUGUUGAUUCUAUGUACAGCACUUUGGAGAAGUUUUUGUUGUUUAAAUGUGCUAUACAAAUAAAGUGGAUUGGAUUGAAGUAAAAUCAUGUAGAGUGGUUGUCUUACUGCAGUAACCUCCUCAAAGACACUGUGUAGCUUAAGGCUACAAGAAGUUAUUUCUUCCUGCAGCCGGCGGAUUAUCUCAACCAUGGGGGACAGAACCCAAUGUAUAUCUUUAAGAGUUUUGAGUGAUGCUGUUGUAGCCAUUUCAUAGUGUCUCUGAGCUGAUCUCUAAGCUACUCUGUAUUUUGGACCAAAAACUCCUUUGAAUUCCGGUAUCCAUGUUCCUGACAUUAAUGUCAUGUCUGAUUUCCAUCAGAGGUUGAUUUAACUAUGGUAUAUGUUCUUUUUAAAUUUUCAUGUCCCACACCAUUACUUCUAGUUUGUAAACUGAAUGUUGCAAUUCUUCCAAGGGACAGGAGGUUACAACUGAGCAGUUGGAGAGUCACCAUCACAUAAAUAAAUAUCAAUUAGAGCCAUUGUGUUUGAGCGAACCUCUCAUUCCCGGGGUCUGAAGAAUUCAAUAUGUUCUUGUGGCUACCACCACGGGGAGC